AUGGGAACAGGGCCGAUGCUUCAUUCCUUUGACCUGCAGGCGUCGCCGAAGCUCCCCUUUGGUAUGGAGGACGUUUAUGCUAAGGGGGUGGAGAAGAUGGACUUCUCCAAGUUGUGUCUGCAGAAGAAGGAGAUAAACCUAGCCAUGCAUCGGCAGGAGGUUUUCUUGGUGAACGUCUUCCUGGAAUGCAUGAAGUAUGACCCUGAGGUUUUGGCGAGGACACCGACCACUUCCUAUGCAGAUUGGGCCCAUAAGACGUUUCUUACCCAUGCCUAUGCCUAUGGCGAGAUGUACAUGAACAUGGCUAAGGCAGAUAAGGAGAUCCAGAGGUUGAAGAGGCACAAUGAGAUGGCUAAGGACACGAUAGCGGAGGCGCAGGAGGCCAUCCAGGAGAAGAACGCCCUGCUAUUGCAGAAGGCGGGGCUGGCCGAGGAGGUGGAGGAGCUUAAGCGGUUGAGGGCAGAGGAGGUAGCUGCUGCCCGGGCUGAAGUAGAGCAGAAAAAGGCUAAAAAGAUAGUUGCUGCCCGAGCAGAAGCAAUCGAGUCGUUUCAGGGUUCAGAGGAGUUGCGGAGUUACAUUAUAGAUCAGAUGGUGGCUAUGCAGCUGCGUUGGGAGCAGAGGUUGGCGAGGUUCAACCCUUCGAUGGAGAUUAACUUUGAUACGAGUGGCGAGCAUCCUUCACCUAGUCCUAGCACCGAGCCAGAGCCAGAGCCAGCUACUACGGAUGCCCUUUCUACCGAGUCUUGA